AUGGUCCGCAGAGCCAAGCUUAUCAAGAGCCUCUACUCUCGGCUCAAGGCCUGUCAGGAAAACGAUGUUGCUCUGACAGCGCCAGCCAUUGUUGAGAUGAAGCAUUAUCUCCGCAACCACCCCAAGUGCUCGCAAGUUUGGGUCGAGGACAUUGCGCAUCCCACCAAUAUCCCCAUUACACUAUCAGCACCGUCAGAGUUGCCAAUAUUCUUACAAUCUCAACUGCAAGCACAGAAGGGACUUGCUGACAAUCUUAGACCUUCUGUACAGGCUUGUGUAAUACUACGAUUUGCAGCUCGGCAUCUCGCCAGAAGACCCAAGUGGCCUGGCACCUUCCCGACUCUUUUCCGCUUCUCUGAGCUGCUAGGACUCAGAGACUCGCAGUCCUCCAACCUUUUGUGCGACAAGGUUAAGGCUAAUCCUGAGCUCGGUGAAAUCAUCAUCAAGCACAACGGCACAGUCCAGCCACGUCGCCUGAAGAAGGCCAAGGACGAUGCUAUCUCUUCUACGGACAGUGACGAACAUAUUGUAUUUCAGGGCAAGAGGCAAAGCCGCCUACCUGUCAACAACCUUGAUGGAGAGACGCAAUGGAAGUACCGUGGUCGUAGUGGAUCGGAACGCAACUCCAUUGAGCCGAUCGCCGCUCCCACCGGUCUUGACACUCAACAGAACGAGGGCUUUCAGCGCUUCUUCAAAGCUGUCGUCUCACCAACACACGUCCGCGUCACGGCUGGUGGACGUAUUGUCCCCAACACUCGGAACGCCACAUCCCCAACUGCGAAAUGGGACAAGGAGCGAGCUGAUCCGGAGAGUGACUCGGGUGAAUUGAGCAAGAAUUCAUCUUCAGAGAAUGUCACCGAUCAAGAUGGCAAUGCUCAUCAACCCACCCCAACUGCCCCGACCAUGGUCCUGCCUCCAAUGGCUCACCACAUGUACCCAGGCUAUCCUCCCAUGUUCGCUCCCUUCGGUGCGCCCGUGCCCUUCUACCCAAUACCAAAUGGAAUGCCGAUGCCUUACGGUUUCCCACAAGCCCCAAUCCCAGCAGCCAGCGCAGCAAAACAACCAGCGGCACAAAGCGAUAAACAGAGACAAACUGAGGACAAACCUGAAAGUCCAAAGACCCAGUACGGACAAGAGGAAGAAAAGAAGGUCAAGCCUGCUCCCAUUAAGAUCUCGCCUCCCGAGCAGUUCGACCAGGCCCGACCUUACUUCUUCAACGGUAACGUCUUCUAUCCCGGUGGUCCGCUACCAAUGCAGAGUCAAGCUACGCCUAUGACACCAAGUCCCUACUUUGGUGGCUUUCCAGUUCACCCGACUAUUGCUCGCGCCAGCUCCUUCGGUCAGCCCUCGCCCAUGCUUCCCAUGCCGGGCCCUCACAUGUUGGGCUCACCAGCUUUUGCACCACUUCUGAGUGCUGGAGCACCACAACCCACGCAACCUUUAUCCCAGUCCGCUAAACCUGAAGCUGUAUCGAAGACACCUACUGCGAAGCCGCCCAUUACCUCCAUCAAACCUAGCCAGAUCACACAGAGCCAGCUUACUGCACUUCGAUCUCAGCUCAAGUACUACGAGGACCAGCUCCAGUACAACAAGCACCAAAUCGAUGAGAAAUCUACUCGAGAUCAGAUUCAGACCAUUCGCAAGCUGAUCGGGCAGUUUGAGCACAACUACCAGGUACAGGUCAGCUUUGAGAAGACCAUCUACCCGAAUAGUGACAAGAGAGUCGUCACCAUGGGAUCGGAGUUGCCACAUUGCAGGACCCCUUCGACACCAGGUAUGAAGGAAAACAUUGUGCAUAGCGGUUCGCAGGCAGGCUCCAUGAGAUCUAUCCAACGCAGUUACCCAACACUGAACCACACACAAUCCAUGGAUCAAAUUCGACACAAGACAGUCAAGGAUUUGCGCCAACGGGCUGGUAUCAAUUCUUCUAAGGGAAUGGAUACCACUUCGGCCUUGUGCGCGCUGGAGGCACACCUGACCCGGGGAUAUAAGCAAGACCCUGUCAAGAAGUCUUCGCUUCCCACACGUGCAGCGAUGGCGCCCAUCUUCGAACCAAGGGGAAACACGCCGUCCAUGCUCUCUCUGGAGCCAAGCGACCUCGGCUCUAUCGCUGACGCUGAUCAAUCUAGUGAGUUGGAUAACCCUGCCACUCUUCUGUUGAACAAACAAGGGCUUUGGCCAAGCAUGAGUUCUUCGGGCCAUAUUUACCCUGAUAUUGGACCUGCUGCAACUAUGAAUGGCACUGAAGGCUCGACAGCGCCCUACUUGGUUGGGAAGCUGCCUAACGGCUUGGGCGCCACAUCUGGUCAUGCCGGCGAUUGUACGUAUUCUCGAGAUCUCACAAACGAAGAGAAGCGUGCCCGCCAUGUUUACUGGGGUGGAAUCUCAGUCAAGGGAUCUGGCUUGCCCAAGUUCGAUGGCAAAGAUUUCUAUCCAGCAUCGCCAGUGAAGUCAAGCGAGAAGAUUGAUACCACCCCAAAGGCGAACGCUCGACAGGUUCCUAUGGGUCAGCCUGAGGCUGAGUAUAGUUUUGGGAGUAACAAGAAGUCCGAGGAUCCCUUCCACAUCACUCGUGAUACCGAGAGCACCCGCUCAGCCAGGAAGCUAAGCCACGCCGUACCCAUCAUCAAUCCGGAGACCAUGGCCCGCGAGGAAGUGAAAGUCACGCCCAAGGCUGUUAAACCCGCCGAGACUCAGGCUCAGUCCAAUACCAGAAACCAGUACUUGGAAAAGUCUCCUGGUGAAAAGCCACAGACAUCACCCGUUAAGACUCCCACAGCCUCAACUAGCGAGAAGAAGGUGUCUUCGGCUGGGCGACGAGCUUUGGAACGAUCCAGCAAGGGGUCUAGCAACGACCUUUGGCAGAGCAUGAUGAAGAAGGCAUCGACCAGUGGAGCUGCUACCCCUGGCUCUGUUUCGUCAAUGACAGCCAACGGAUUCCUUCCUCAACUUGGUGGUCAUGCUGUGGCAUCCCUCACCCCUGCCAUGACCAAUGCCAAUGACUCGCUGCGAGUGCUGUCGGGUGGUAAAGGAGAUGCAGAACUCCCAGGCAAGCGUGCUCAUUCCGAGAAGACAGGUGAGAACAGACCUCCCACAGAUCUGCCAUCAUCUCAAGCGGACAUCAUUGCCGAUCUCCACCAACGUAUGCUUCGCGAUGCCGAGCGUCGAGGUGUUAUUGGCCCCGGCUGGCAGUAG